AUGGCACCUACAAUCCACACAGCGAAGAUCACACUCUCCUGUCCCCUGUUUGCAGCAGAUUUCGACCCGCGAAACAAUGGUCGCUUGCUUGUUGGCGGCGGAGGCGGCGAGGGCCGCAGCGGAGUUGGAAACAAGAUCUCUCUUCUAGAUACAUCACAUCGAAACGAGAUCAAGGAGGCCGUUGAGUUGAACCUAUCGCGUGAUGAGGACUCGGUGACGUCGUUGGCUGUUGCGCCCCAAGUUGGCGAUGAGGAGUACUCCCUGGUUACUUAUGCUGGUAUCAAUAGCUCUGUUGCGGAACAGAAGAAGAAUAAUAAUCAGCAUAUGCGCGCCUUCCGAUUUCAUACCCCGCGAAAAGUUUUGAAUGAAGUGGGGACCGUCGAGGAGGGGAGCGAGAACGAGACAGAGAAGAAGGACUCGAAGCCCGAGGAGGAGAUUAUCCCUGGCAAGACGGAACAGCUAUCUCGUACAUCACUGUUUCGAUUCAAGAGCGGUGCUGAUGCAGGCGAUGCUUAUCAACGAGUGUUGAGGCUCUCGCCGUGGAAGGAGGACACAGAAGGUGACAAAAGGACACCAGCACCAAGAGUCGGCGCAAUCACGACUGGACUCGCACCAUCAGGCGAGAUUGUUUUCUUCGACGCGACAGAAUCCCCAGCUCAAUCAGAUGUUAUCGGCCGUAUCCGCCUCAGCAGUAACGAGGAAGCAGAGGAUGUGGAUUUCGCCAGUCUCGAAUUCGAUCCCGAACAAACCAAAAAUGCCCGUGGCCGCUUCCGAGUAGCAUAUACCAAUGGAACAGAUGUUAUGGUCGGUGAAAUUUCAUCCUCGACACGUUCCAAUGCAGCCCCAGAUGUCAAGUCCAUCUACACUAUCCCCCUACCCAGCAGCGGUGCUCGUGCCCAACGACCCAAAUUCCGUGCUCUACGCUUCCUCUCUCCCGAUUCCAUCCUUCUCCUACAGAAUGCCCCCAACCGCAGCGGAAGCGAGCUACUCCUUAUCAAACUACCGAACAACACAGAUUCACAAGCGCAAGCUAAGAUCGUACGCCGUCGCAAACUCCCCCGAACAAUGAAAAUAGCUCUCGGUCUCGAUAUCUGUGCCCUCGGUACCAACCCAGCCGGUCAACAACAGAUCAUCAUCGCAGCCAGCGGUAGCGAUAACUCCAUCGCCCUGUUCACGGUAGAAUACGGUCCAAACCGUGGCUUCGAGAAGAUUCACCCAUUCUCAACUCUCCGCGACGUACACCCAUUCUCAAUGACAAAAUUGUGCUUUUCAACAUUCACUCCGCCCGCACACCCCGUUACACCAGAAGUGCCUCCUCAAAAGGUCAAACUCGCCUCAACGAGUAUGGGCAACACAGUCGUCGUUCAUACUAUCCCGCUUUCUCCAUUCCCGGCUUCUUCCCGCACACCACGAUACACGCUUACUCUCCCCGGCCCCUCUGAGUUCAUGGAACUAAUCGCCUGGGUCUUUAUAUUGAUUUGCUCCUUCAGCGCAAUCAUCUUCGCUCUUCUCGUCUUCGUGGAAAUGCGCGGCGGAACACCGCCUUACCUCGGUGUUCAGAGCUGGUUACCGGAUAACAUCCGCAAUUCCUUCUCAGAAGAUUACAUCCCCCCGAAAGAAGGUCAAGGUUCAUACUUUGAUUACAUCCUUUCUCCUCGUGGUACACCUCCUACAGUGGAAAGUACAUUCCCCUCCCCAGAUGGAGAAGAUACCGAAAACAUAAACGCAAACGCCCUAGAAAGCCUCAAACAAAUUCUAGACAAAGUCCACAACACCGGCGCCGCACCAGCAGAUAUCGAACCCGAAGCUCCACGCUCAUUAUCAGUAAUCGUCCGGUGCAACGAGCACGGAGAAACUGCCGAACAAAGCAUUUUGAUUGAAACAUCCUCAACAGCGCACCAUCAGCAACUUUCCGCGGCGGAUGAUCUUCGGCCUUGGAAGGAUUUAAGUGGUGUUGAUCAGGCUGCGUGGAAACGUCGUCUUACAGAUGCCGGUCGUUGGGCUGCUGAUGAGGGGGAGUCAGUGUUGCAGGGUGUAUUGUUUAGUGAGGCUUGUGGACAGUUGAGGGGGGUUGUUGGCAAUGGAUUACCUUGA